AUGACGACUAGAAGCAUGCUUUCACUGAACUUCCCGACACCAUUUGUUACACAGAAUGUCUCUGAGUGAGAACGCGGUUUUUGCCUAUGAAUCUUCGGUGCACAGCACCAAUGUCUUGCUCAGCCUCAACGACCAGCGGAAGAAGGACGUGCUGUGUGACGUCACUGUCCUCGUGGAGGGCCAGCGGUUCCGCGCCCACCGGUCUGUGUUGGCGGCAUGCAGCAGUUACCUCUACUCGAGAAUCGUAGGCCAGGCCGAUGCAGAGCUUAACAUUACUCUACCAGAAGAGGUGACAGUUAAAGGAUUUGAACCUUUAAUUCAGUUUGCCUACACUGCCAAACUGAUUUUGAGUAAGGACAAUGUGGAUGAAGUGUGCAAGUGUGUGGAAUUUUUAGGUGUACGUGACAUUGAGGAAUCCUGCUUUCAGUUUCUCAAAUUUAAGUUUUUGGACUCCACUGCUGACCAGCAAGAAUGCCUAAGAAAAAAAUGUAUCCCGUCACACUGUCAAAAAGCAGACCUUAAAUUUUCACUUUUGGACCAGAGGGAUUUAGAAAUUGACGAAGUGGAGGAAUUUUUGGAAAAUAAAAAUGUCCAGACUCCUCAGUGGAAACUGCAUAGAUAUCAGGCAAAUGCAAAAGUAUCAUCUCCUCUGCAAGACAGUGCCAGUCAAACCUGUGAAUCCAUGUGCUUAGAAAAGGAUGCUGCUCUGGCUUUGCCAUCUUUAUGCCCCAAAUACAGAAAAUUCCAAAAAGCUUUUGGAACUGACAGAGUCCGUACUGUGGAAUCCAGCGUCAAAGACGUUCAUGCUGCUUCUGUUCAGCCAAAUGAGACAUCUGAAAAUGAGUGUCUGGGAAGAAUCCAGGACUGUGCAGAUCUGCAGGUGAUUCUGAAAUGUGAAGAAAGUAAAUUAGCAACAGAACAUGAAGAAACCAGGAAGAAAGAUCCUGCUUCUCAGUGCCCAUCAGAAAAAUCAGAAGUGACUCCUUUCCCCCACAAUUCUUCUGCAGACCCUCAUGGGCUCUAUUCUCUGUCUCUUUUACACACAUAUGACCAAUAUGGUGACUUGAAUUUUGCUGGAAUGCAAAACACGGCAGUGUUAACAGAAAAGCCUUUGUCAGGUACAGAGGUUCCAGAGGAGAAAACAUUUGGUGAAAGUCAGGAUUUACAUUUGAAAUCUGACUCUGGCCCCAGGGAAGACAGUAGCCUUGCCUCCAGCGAUCGGAGUAGUGUGGAACGAGAAGUGGCAGAACACCUAGCAAAAGGCUUCUGGAGUGACAUUUGCAGCACAGACUCUUCUUGCCAAAUGCAGUUAUCACCUGCUGUGGCCAAAGAUGGUUCAGAACAGAUCUACUCACAGAAGCGGUCUGAGUGUCCCUGGUUAGGUAUCAGGAUCAGCGAGAGCCCAGAGCCAGGUCAGAGGACUUUUACAACGUUGAGUUCCGUCAACUGCCCUUUUAUAAGUACUCUGAGUACCGAAGGCUGUUCAAGCAAUUUGGAAAUUGGAAAUGAUGAGUAUGUUUCAGAACCCCAGCAGGAACCUUGCCCAUAUGCUUGUGUGAUUAGCUUGGGAGAUGACUCUGAGACCGAUACUGAAGGUGACAGCGAACCCUGUUCAGCCAGAGAACAAGAAUGUGAGGUAAAACUGCCAUUUAAUGCACAACGAAUAAUUUCACUCUCUCGAAAUGACUUUCAAUCCUUGUUGAAAAUGCACAAGCUGACUCCAGAACAACUGGAUUGUAUCCAUGAUAUUCGAAGAAGAAGUAAAAACAGAAUUGCUGCACAGCGCUGUCGCAAGAGAAAACUUGACUGCAUACAGAAUCUUGAAUCAGAAAUUGAGAAACUGGUGUGUCUCAUAUAGAAGCCAAAGAACGGAGCAGGCCUUGUAAGUAGCAUAGAACAAGGAAGUGGAAGACUGCCAGGAACUCAGAGAAUCUUCUCUCUUAGCCCGUCCGUCUGCACCUGCUCACGUGGAACUCCACACGGUGGCUCUGUGUACCACUAAGUGCACCUGGGAAGAGUGGCUGCAGUAUGGCUCCUAAACAGUUUCGCUCUCCUCCAGGAUCUAGUGCAGACGGAGACGACAGUUUUAGUUCUAAAUUCCCAAGGAGGUGAACAUCUAAUUGGCUUAUUUCGGCUCAGGUGCCUCUUCUGUGACGAGAGAGCAGGGACAAACAGCAGCAACGUGGCUGCCGAGAGCCCACCUCCAGGCAGACAGAGCCAGUAGCCUGCCAGGGAUCUGCUCACUCAGAUGUGCACCAGUCCGAGCUCAGCCGAGUCCCCAUCCUUUCCCCAGUAUCGCCUGAGAAGACAUGCUAGCUUUUUUUUUUUUUUUUUUUUUUUAAAGCAGAGUGACUUGCCUUGUGUUUUAGCUUCCUUGAACUCUGCCUAGUCCUUCAUACUUCUCACAGUUCUAGUGAUUUAUACGGGUUCACUCCAGUUGCAAAGGGUAAGGGGCACUUGUAAAGUUCAGUCUUGCCACAGAUGUCUCUCUUAGGUGAAAAUAAGCAGAGAAUGUGCUACUUACUAGCUUAUAGGAAUAAGAAAGCUGGCCCUUUUCCUAGAAGUAAAAGAAUUUGAGCCUUAAGGUAUUUUAUUAUAUUAAGAAGUUUACUUGGAAUUUCGACCCUGGUUAUUGGGCGAUGUUAUGGGUCUUGUCUUUUGUAAAGAGAGAAGGACCAACGGUAGUUACAGCUACACUUCUAUCAAAAGUUUGCAUUUAGUAUAUGGGGAGCUGAGAAUAUGGAGGACUGUGACAGAUUUGUUUUUGUUUUUUUUUUUAAUCAAGAGGACACUCUGGAAACAUGGCAGUAGACAAGCAGUAUUUCCCAGUAUUUGUAGUCUGGGUGGUACUUUAGCAAACCUAUUUAAGGGAAAUUACUUGUUUCGUAACCAAACAGCCCAUGUUAAUAUAGCCAGUAACUGAUUAGGUUAACAUAUAAAUAAAUGCACAGUAAAUAUUGCCCUGGUCUGGUAAUAUUCAGGUGAAGGGUCCCAUAUUUUAGUAAGUUUUAGUCUUUGGCUGUUGGCUAUAAACUUUUUGCAGUUUGUCCUAAGAGUAAUAGCAUAAUAGACUGGAUGGAUCAACACAUGAAAAAAAGUGUUUUGAUUACAGUAAGAAUAGUGAUUCUAAAAUGUCCUCAAUGUGGGUCCAUAGAAUAGUGAUCAUGUAUAAAAAAACACUUUAAUAGUCUUAAUGUGCUGGGAAAGCCAAAGGGUGAUAUUAAUUUGAAUUCAAUAAAUCAGUGAGUUGUAUUUCUCUUUUUUUUUUU